GUAGUUCAACACUCGGAUGAAAUCUGUCUUCUCUUGUAUAUAUCGGUGCUGGAGAAAAUAUGAGAUCUUCAAGGCUGGCGUGUACACAACAGUUGGUGCAACAUUUGCCUACUUUAUUCAGGAAUUGAAAAUUCCAAAUAUUUCAUUCCCACAGCCUGUAAAUGCAGCCGAAGUCAUUUACCCUACUUUUGUCGACGUUCCAAAGCUCCCAAUAAACAAUGAAGCCAUUCAUACCUUGGGAAUGCCAUUAUCAAGCCAUCUCCGUAUUUUUGAAGGCUACAUAUGUGCUUAUGAUCGUCGCAACAGAAUUCCAUAUUGGGUAAUCGAACAUUUAAACCCUUCCAAACUAAAUCAAGAUGAUAUUGAUGAGGCUGAAGUGCAGCGUGAGAAUUUCAAUUUCUAUGAAGAUCUUGGUGAAAUUGAAAUGUUUCGUGCUACUAAUGAAGAUUAUUUGAACUCAGGAUAUGAUCGUGGUCAUUUGGCUGCUGCAGGAAAUCAUCGCCUCAGUCACUCAUCUAUGGGACAAACUUUUAUAUUAAGUAAUAUCGCACCUCAAGUUGGGCGUGGUUUCAAUAGGCAUGGUUGGAAUAGCCUGGAAAAGUAUAUACGUGCUAUUGCAAGAAGAUCACAUAAUAUGAUUGUUAUUACAGGGCCAUUAUUUCUCCCUCAGGAUGUAAAUGGUAAGAAAAUUGUCACAUAUGAAGUUAUUGGUAAAAAUAAUAUUGCAGUUCCAACUCAUUUCUUCAAAGUGGCAGCUAUUCAAAAUAAACCAAAUGGUGAAUGGCAUAAAGUAGCUUGGGUAAUGCCUAAUAUUCGUCUACCUGAACACGUUAAAGCGGACAGUUUUAGAAUUCCUGUUGAAAUUGUCGAAAGUGCUUCAGGCUGGAAAUUUUUCCCUAAACUUAAAUCUUAACAAAACUGUUGGAAUUUCUUGUUUGUAUACUUCAUAGGCAUUUUCUCUUUAGUCAACAUGUAUAGUUUUCUCUUUGAUAUAUAUAUAUAUAUAUAUAUUUAUGUGAAA